CCUCAAUUGUUUCUUUCGAUAUCCACAUAUAUAUAGCUAAUCGAACACAAUUGUUCAUCUGUCUUGAGAGAGAAAAAAGUAUCAAAAUGUUGUUCAAACUUAUCGUUGGACUUAUUGGCCUUCUGAUGCAUUUUGCAAAUGCUGAGGUCUCUAAAGAUGGAAAAUGUGAUAUUUUUAGUGGAAAGUGGAUCCGAGAUUCUUCACCGCCACGUUACACCAACGCAAGCUGUGAAUUCAUGUCUCCUCCAAGAAAUUGUAUCAAGAACGGACGGCCUGAUACAGGAUAUUUAUUCUGGAAAUGGAAACCAUAUGAUUGUGAUUUGAGGCCGCUUGAACCGAAGAAAUUUCUGAAUUCCAUGAGAAAUAAGUCUUUUGCUAUGAUUGGGGACUCACUCCUACUAAACCAAAUGCAGUCACUGCUUUGCCUUCUCUCUCAGGGGGGAAAAUCUAUCGAUACGUAUCAUAGUAAAGGGUAUCAGCUAAGAAGAUGGUACUUUAGCUCCUACAACUUCACUCUUUCGACGUAUUGGGCGCCAUUUCUUCUCCAAGCUUAUUUUAGGUCACACAAAAUGCUUGUCCUUCACUUAGACAAGCUCGAUACCAGAUGGACUACAGAUUAUCACAGGCACGAUUACAUUCUAAUAGCUCUUGGCCCAUGGUUCAGUAAACCAAUGAUCAUAAUGGAAAACAAUACUAUUGUCGGUUGUCAUUCUUGCCAUGGAAAGCUAAAAGAGCUUGGCACAGUUUACCCUUAUCGAAGAGCAUUACAAAUGGCUUUCAAUUUCAUUACAGAAUCUAAUCAUAAACCUGUAGUUUUUGUCAGAACAUGGUCACCUAGGCAUUUUGAACAUGGAGAGUGGUUCAAUGGAGGGAUAUGUAACAGGACUGAACCAUAUAACAAAGGGGAAUAUAAUGGUCCAAAAAUAGAACAGACUUACUAUGACAUCAAUAUUAAAGAGUUUAAUGAGGCAGUUGAUGUUGGAUAUCGAAAAGGGAUAAAGAUUAAACUCGUUGACGUAUUUCAUCUUUCGAUGUUGAGGCCAGAUGGGCAUCCGGGUCCUUACAUGAAGUUUCAUCCAUUUGAUCAUAGAGAUAAGAAUGCUGGAGUUCAGAAUGAUUGUACUCAUUGGUGUUUGCCUGGGCCUAUUGAUGCAUGGAAUGAUUUGCUCAUGGAGAUGUUGAUUAAUGAAGAGGAUAUAAUCCUGAAGGAUGAUUCUAGAACUAUUGAUAGUUGAAAGGGAAGUUGGCAUGCCUCUGAUUGCAAGUCUUCUAAUGAAAUAAUUGCACGUAUGGGCUAUCUGACAUUUCUCAGUACUUCUGCAGAUUAUGUUAAUCUGAUCUCUGUAGCUGUUACAUCAUAAAAGAAUCUUCACAAUUUACACUAAAAAUGAGCUGAUGGCCCUGUUGCAUAAAAGUCUCAUGCUCUGUUCUCAUUGCACGAGGUUCUUCCACUCGGUUAGAACAUGUCAAUUGCCAAACUAUAUCUAAUAUGAAUAAAGGCGGCAAAAUUACAUUUUAAAUCUGAUGACUGGGGAAGCGUUUUUUGAUUCAAAACCAGGCAAUGUGUCAUUCAGUUUGUAUCACAUUAUCAUUUCGUGUGAUUCUCCUUGACAGAGUUGUGACACUCAAGCUCAAGUAAAUGUAAAGCAGCACUCACAAACUUAAAGUCACGAAAUUUGGAGUUAAAUAAUCUCAAUUGUGUUUUGAAUUACAGAAGCCUGUGAUAUCUACAUAAAUAAACCCUUCCAAGUCAUCAACUUGACAGCUUCCACAAUCCAUCACUGUUGGACAUGAAUGCCAAAACCAAUCACCAAAUACAUUCGACAUUUGUUCA